UGAGCACAAUAAUACUGAAUAUUGAUAGGUUAGUGAGGGUGCAAUAAAAUUUUACAAGUAGGAGGAUAUUAUACCCAGCGAUUCUUCCUGAUCAUUAGCAGCCUCGCCUCACCUGACACUGCUGCACCACAGGAGAUAGAACAGGCUAUGAAGAAAGAUGGCAAAGAAGAAGUUUAGUGGCCUGGAGAUCAUCCUGAUUGUCCUCUUCGUCAUAGCUGUAGUAAUAGCUAUCGCCCUCAUCGUUGUUUUGGCGACGAAAACACCUGCUGUUGAUGUUUCAUCAUCCACUCCCUCUGCUUCACAAAGAUGUCCAGCAGAGAUAAACGAUCCCAUCAAUGAGAGAAUAAACUGCAUUCCAGAUCAAUUUCCCACACAGGCCACCUGUGCCCAGCGAGGCUGCUGCUGGAAGCCAUGGAAUGACUCUGUCGUGCCUUGGUGCUUCUUUGUAGAUAAUCAUGGCUAUAGGGUGGAUAAAAGGACAACAACAAACACUGGACUUGAAGUCAAUCUGAAUAGGAUAUCUUCUCCUACUCUGUUUGGAAAUGACAUUAACAAUGUACUCCUCACAACUGAAAAUCAGACACCCAAUCGUUUCCGGUUCAAGAUCACUGAUCCAAAUAAAAAAAGAUAUGAAGUUCCUCACCAGUUUGUACAGGCAUUUACCGGAUCGGCAGCUUCUGAAACAUUAUAUGAUGUGCAGGUUACGGAAAAUCCUUUCAGCAUCAAAGUUAUCAGGAAAAGCAACAGCAAAACUCUAUUUGAUACCAGCAUUGGUCCUUUGGUCUACUCUGACCAGUAUUUACAGAUUUCAACCAGACUUCCCAGCGAAUAUAUUUAUGGCUUUGGGGAACAUAUUCAUAAGCGAUUUCGCCAUGAUUUGUAUUGGAAAACGUGGCCCAUAUUCACACGAGACGAGCUUCCUGGUGAUAAUAAUCAUAAUUUAUAUGGCCAUCAAACAUUCUUCAUGGGCAUUGAAGACACUUCGGGAAGGUCAUAUGGUGUGUUUUUAAUGAAUAGCAAUGCAAUGGAGGUUUUUAUUCAGCCGACUCCAAUAGUAACUUACAGAGUUACUGGUGGCAUUUUGGACUUUUACAUCUUUCUAGGAGAUACACCAGACCAAGUAAUUAAACUGUAUCAAGAGUUCAUUGGACUACCAGCAAUGCCGGCAUACUGGAGUCUCGGAUUCCAACUGAGUCGCUGGAAUUACAAGUCACUCGACGUAGUGAAAGAGGUGGUAAGAAGAAACAGAGAGGCUGGCAUACCAUACGAUACACAAGUGACUGACAUUGACUAUAUGGAAGACAAGAAAGAUUUUACUUAUGAUAAAGUUGCAUUUAAUGGGCUCCCCGACUUUGUUCAAGAUUUGCACAAUCACGGACAGAAAUACGUUAUCAUCUUGGACCCUGCAAUUGCUAUAAGUAAACUUGCCAAUGGAGCAGCAUAUGGAGCUUAUGACAGAGGAAGUGAACAACAUGUGUGGAUAAAUCAGUCAGAUGAGACUACACCACUGAUUGGAGAGGUAUGGCCAGGAUUAACAGUUUUCCCUGAUUUCACUAAUCCGAGCUGCAUUGAGUGGUGGGCAAAUGAAUGUAACAUUUUCCAUCAAGAAGUGAACUAUGAUGGAAUUUGGAUUGACAUGAAUGAAGUUUCUAGUUUUAUUCAAGGUGCAAAGGAGGGAUGUAACAAAAACAACUGGAAUUAUCCACCUUACAUGCCUGACAUUUUGGACAAACUUAUGUAUUCCAAAACAAUUUGCAUGGACGCGGUGCAGAAGUGGGGAAAACAUUAUGAUGUCCACAGCCUGUAUGGCUACAGCAUGGCAAUAGCCACAGAGAAAGCUGUUCAAAAAGUAUUUAGUAAUAAGAGAAGCUUUAUUCUUACUCGGUCAACUUUUGCUGGAAGCGGCAGGCAUGCUGCACAUUGGUUAGGAGAUAACACUGCUUCGUGGGAACAGAUGGAAUGGUCUAUCAGUGGAAUGCUGGAGUUUGGUUUGUUUGGAAUGCCUUUGGUUGGAGCAGAUAUCUGUGGAUUUGUGGCUGACACCACAGAAGAGCUUUGCAGAAGAUGGAUGCAGCUUGGGGCAUUUUAUCCAUUUUCUAGAAACCAUAAUGCUGAUGGAUAUCAGCAUCAAGAUCCUGCAUUUUUUGGACAGGAUUCACUUUUGGUCAAGACAUCAAGGCACUACCUAACUAUUCGCUACACCCUGCUACCUUUCCUGUACACCUUGUUCUAUAGAGCUCACAGGUUUGGAGAAACAGUAGCCAGGCCAUUCCUUCUUGAGUUUUAUGAAGAUACAAACAGCUGGAUUGAGGACACCCAGUUUUUGUGGGGCCCUGCACUGCUCAUUACGCCUGUUUUGAAACAGGGAGCAGAAUCAGUGAGUGCAUACAUCCCUGAUGCUACUUGGUAUGAUUAUGAAACUGGUGCAAAAAGACCAUGGAGAAAACAACGGGUGAACAUGUAUCUUCCAGCAGAUAAAAUAGGAUUACAUCUUAGAGGAGGUUACAUCAUCCCCAUCCAACAACCUGAUGUAACAACAACAGCAAGUCGUAAGAAUCCUUUGGGACUGAUAAUUGCAUUGGAUGAAGCCAACGCAGCAAAAGGGGAACUUUUUUGGGAUGAUGGGGAAACUACAAAUACCAUAACAAGUGGAACCUAUAUAUUAUAUACAUUUUCAGUUUCUAAUAAUAAAUUAAAUGCUGAAUGUACACAUUCAUCAUAUGCAGAAGGAACCACGUUAGCAUUUGAAACUAUAAAAGUCCUUGGUUUAACAGACACUGUUACUCAAGUCACAGUAGGAGAAGCUAAUCAACAAAUGACUGCUCACUUGAAUUUCACUUAUGAUCCGUCCAACAAGAUUCUCCUAAUUUCUGGUCUCACAUUUAACCUUGGAAAAAGUUUUACCGUUCAAUGGAAUCAAGUUUUCUCUGAAAAUGAGAAGUUUAAUUGUUACCCAGAUUCAGAUUUUGUGACUCAAGCACAAUGCGAACAACGCGGUUGUUUGUGGCAGACGGUUAGUUCUGCUUCCAAAGCACCUGAGUGCUACAUACCUAGACAAUCUGAUCCUUAUUCAGUUACAUCAAUUCAAUAUUUUCCAACCGGCAUAACGGCUGAUCUCCAGUUGAACCCGGCCAAAGCUAGAGUAACGCUACCCUCAAUACCGAUCUCAACUCUCCGUGUGGAGGUGAAAUAUCACAAAAAUGAAAUGGUGCAGUUUAAGAUUUAUGAUCCCCAACAUAAGAGAUACGAAGUUCCAGUUCCAUUAGACCUUCCAACCACUCCAACCAGCACCCUGGAAGACAGGCUUUAUGAUGUUGAAAUCAAGGAAAAUCCCUUUGGCAUCCAGGUUCGGAGGAGAAGCAGUGGAAGAAUUAUCUGGGACUCUGCCCUGCCUGGAUUUACGUUUAAUGACCAGUUCCUCCAGAUAUCCACGCGCCUGCCAUCCGAGUACCUCUAUGGCUUCGGGGAGCUGGAGCACACGGCCUUCAAGCGGGACCUCAACUGGCACACGUGGGGCAUGUUCACCCGGGACCAGCCCCCAGGGUAUAAAAUGAAUUCCUAUGGAUUCCAUCCCUAUUACAUGGCUCUGGAAGAUGAAGGCAAUGCUCAUGGAGUUCUUUUACUCAACAGCAAUGCAAUGGAUGUCACUUUCCAGCCAACUCCUGCUCUGACAUACCGAACAGUUGGAGGAAUACUGGAUUUUUACAUGUUUUUGGGCCCAACUCCUGAAGUUGCAACAAUACAGUACCACGAAGUCAUUGGCCAUCCAAUGAUGCCACCUUACUGGUCUUUAGGAUUCCAAUUAUGUCGUUAUGGAUACAGAAAUACAUCACAGGUUGAGCAGGUCUAUAAUGAAAUGGUGGCUGCGGGGAUCCCUUAUGAUGUCCAAUACACAGACAUUAACUACAUGGAAAGGCAACUAGACUUCACAAUUGGUGAAAAUUUUCGUGAGCUUCCUAAGUUUGUUGACAAAAUAAGAGCAGAAGGAAUGAGAUACAUUAUUAUCCUGGAUCCAGCUAUUUCAGGAAAUGAAACAAAGCCUUACCCUGCAUUUGAACGAGGGAUGCAGAAAGAUGUCUUUGUGAAAUGGCCUAACACAAAUGAUAUUUGUUGGGCAAAGGUUUGGCCAGACUUGCCCAAUGUAACAAUAGAUGAGACCAUCACUGAAGAUGAAGCUGUUAAUGCAUCCAGAGCUCAUGCAGCUUUUCCGGAUUUCUUUAAGAAUUCCACAGCAGAGUGGUGGGCAAGGGAAAUUAUGGAUUUCUACAAUAAUCAAAUGAAAUUUGAUGGUUUGUGGAUUGAUAUGAAUGAACCAUCAAGUUUUAUAAAUGGAUCUACCACCAAUUGCAGAAAUCCACAGCUAAAUUAUCCACCUUAUUUUCCAGAACUUACAAAAAGAUAUGAAGGAUUACAUUUCAGAACUUUGUGCAUGGAAGCAGAACAGAUUCUUAGUGAUGGAUCAUCAGUUUUACAUUAUGAUGUUCAUAAUCUAUAUGGAUGGUCACAAGCAAAACCUACUUAUGAUGCACUGCAAAAGACAACUGGCAAAAGAGGAAUUGUCAUCUCUCGUUCCACGUUUCCCACUGCUGGACGUUGGGCAGGACACUGGCUGGGAGACAACUAUGCAAAUUGGGAUAACAUGGAAAAAUCAAUCAUUGGUAUGAUGGAAUUUAGUCUCUUCGGAAUGUCUUAUACUGGAGCAGACAUCUGUGGUUUCUUCAAUGAUUCAGAGUAUCACCUCUGUGCUCGCUGGACACAACUUGGUGCAUUUUAUCCAUACUCAAGAAAUCACAACAUUGCCUUUACUAGAAGACAAGAUCCUGCUUCCUGGAAUGAAACUUUUGCUGAAAUGGCAAAGAAAGUUACAGAGAUUAGAUACACAUUGUUACCCUAUUUCUACACUCAAAUGCAUGAAAUUCAUGCUUAUGGUGGUACUGUUAUCCGACCUCUUUUGCAUGAGUUUUUCAAUGAAAAGGCAACUUGGGAUAUAUACAAGCAGUUCUUGUGGGGUCCAGCCUUUUUGGUUACUCCUGUACUAGAACCUUAUGUGCAAUCUGUUCGUGGUUAUGUCCCUAAUGCUCGGUGGUUUGACUACCAUACAGGCCAAGACAUAGGUGUCAGAGGAACGACUCAUGAAUUUUCAGCUCCAUAUGAUACCAUAAACCUACAUAUCCGUGGAGGUUAUAUCCUACCGUGUCAAGAGCCUAAUCGAACCACAUUUUAUAGUCGAACAAAUUAUAUGAAGCUCAUUGUUGCUCCAGAUGAUAAUCAGAUGGCACAGGGAUCUUUGUUCUGGGAUGAUGGAGACACUAUAGACACCUAUGAAAGAAACCUAUAUUUGUUGGUACAAUUUAAUUUAAACCAGACCACAUUGACAAGCACUGUAUUGAAAAGUGGCUACAUAAAUAAAACAGAAACGAGACUGGGAUACGUAGAUGUGUGGGGGAUGGGAGGACCGGCCACCUCAGUUAGCCUGACUUACAAUGAGAACACAGUGACGCCGAAGUUCGCCAACAAUGACAAAAUAUUGUCAAUUGAUCUGAGAGAUAGUGGUGUGACUUUAGAUGAUCCAAUAGAAAUCAUCUGGUCUGAAGAUAAUCCUUGAAUUCUCAAGAGGAAAUUAAUACUGGAUUUAAGUUUCUCAGCACUUAUUGGUUUCCCUCUUACUGAUUUCCUGUGCUCUAUGAAAUUUAAAUUACACAGCACUUGUCUAACGAUUAUAGCACAAUAUACAUCAGUAAUAAUGUUAAUUUUAUUAUGUUAAUGUAAGCUGGAUUCAAUGUUUCUAAAUAAACGUAAUGACAUUUAAUGGCUUUGUUUACUAUUGUUUUAAAAAGCAACUAAACCUACAAACGUGGUACUAAAUAUUUUUAUGCAUCACUAUGAUAUAAAUAAAAUAGGUGAUUUUUAGUUUAAGUGAAAUAUGUAAUUAUGAAUUAUUUGUAAUUUUUAUUUUAUAUUGUAAACAUUUAAUUUAUGUAACAUAUCAGAAGUUUUAAUCAUUUUGUAUUAUGUAUAUUUAAUUAGAAACUGGAAAAUAAAAUAUUAAAGUGUUCAUA